AUGGCACCGUUUCCAAUAUCUUGUACAGUAUUAUACCGGUACAAAUUUAUAAGGGCAUCCAAGAAGAAAGUGAAACAUCAUGGAGGUUGUCAUUGCGGAGCUGUCAAGUUUGAGGUUUAUGCCUCUGAAGAAUUAUAUGUUUAUGACUGCAAUUGCAGCAUUUGUGUAAAGAAACACAAUAUUCACUUCAUUGUGCCGGAAAAGGACUUUGAGCUAAUCCAAGGAUCCGAUGCUUUGACCACUUAUACUUUCAACACAGGCAUUGCCAAGCAUACGUUCUGUAAAAUUUGCGGGGUCCAGAGUUUUUAUAGGCCUCGCUCAAACCCGGAUGGAUAUGGCGUCAACCCAAACUCGUUAGAUCACUCCACAGUGAAAGAUAUAACAAUUGAAAAAUAUGAUGGCCAAAAUUGGGAAGCUUCAAUUAAUGAACAACUGGAGAAGCCUGUACCAAUACAAUCCUGGGUCAAAAUAGCCAUCAUCAGUACAAGCAAUGCAUAA